CACCGUGGGAAAGCUGUGCGCUUCAAACGUUGGCGCUCCGGGCAAACCUGGGCAGACGCGCAUCAGACGCAGACACAACAGGCUGAACACUGAAGGACUAUUGUAGGAACGACGCAAACAUGAAAAGGAAUCACGAUUUUAGCUCCUCGGACAGCGAGCUGGAUGAGACUAUUGAGGUGGAGAAGGAGAGCGCGGAUGAGAAUGGGAACAUGAGCUCUCCUCUCGGCUCCAUGUCUCCAACAACAUCCACUCAGGUGCAGGCGAGAAAAAGGCGUCGAGGAAUUAUUGAGAAGCGGCGCCGCGACAGAAUCAACAACAGCCUCAGCGAGCUGCGCAGGCUGGUUCCCAGCGCCUUUGAGAAACAGGGCUCAGCCAAACUGGAGAAAGCAGAGAUUCUGCAGAUGACUGUUGACCAUCUGAAGAUGCUUCAUGCUGCCGGAGGCAAAGGUUAUUUUGAUGCCCAUGCCCUGGCCAUGGACUACCGUGGUUUGGGUUUCAGGGAGUGCCUGGCUGAGACGGCCCGCUACCUGAGCAUAAUCGAAGGCUUGGACAGCACAGACCCUUUGCGGCUCCGCCUGGUCUCCCACCUGAACAACUAUGCAAGUCAAAGAGAGGCUCACUCCGGCCUGAGUCACUUGGCAUGGGGCUCUGCAUUUGGAUCCCCUCCUGCCCACCUGACCCACCCCCUCCUCCUCCAGCACCAGCAGCACCAACCGUUGGCACCUUUACCCCGCAGCACCACCAGCAGCCCACAAACUCCUCUGUCGUCCGCAUCCACUUCAUCCACCUCUUCCUCCACCUCUUCUUCAUCAUCCUCAUCGGCUGCGGAGACUCACGUCCAAGGCAGGCGCAGCGGCAGCAUCACCCCCCACUCAGAUCAAGGCCCGAUCCGGGUUCCCCCAACCAGUGCCGCUCCUACCACCGUCCACCCCGCUUUGGUCUCCUCAUCAGCAUCCAAGCUCUCCCCUCCUCUCAUCUCUUCCCUCUCGGCGUUCCCCUUCCCCUUCAGUGCCUUUCCCCUCAUUUCCCCCACCACCACCAUCAGCGCCCCAGCCCCAACAUCCAGUGUGGGCAAACCCUACAGACCCUGGGGCAUGGAGAUAGGAGCUUUCUGACUGAAGUGAGAGCCUGAGCAGAAUCCACAUAUAGACUCAACUCACUCCCCAGCUGAGCUGGACUUUUCAAGGACAAGACUUUUUAUUUUCCCAACUAAGAAAGUACUAUUUUUUCUAUGAUGUUGACAUCCCACAGAGGAUACACCUAGUUAUAGGAUUUGUAUUUUCUUGCUAAUGUAUUGUGUUUUGUAUAGAAGAAAAAAAAAACAGUGAGGAGGGAGACCACGACUAAAAAGCAACAAGAGUGAUUUAUUGUGAUUGAUCUCUGUUCCUGCCCACCCCUUUAGAAGUUUCACCCACUGUUGUCAGCCUAUCAGGAAUGGCUUUUCCAGAUGGUCAAGCAGUCGCCGCCCAUCAAGUUCCUGGGCGAAACUGCCCCCCCCCCUCCUUUGUUUUUCCCUGUGAGGCUGAAACAGCCAGUGUUGGUGCCCUGGUUACAUACAGAGAGAGGGGUGUGUGUGUGUGUGUGUGUGUGUGAAAGGAGGGCCUGAGGUGGUUGAGCGUCACCCCCUUUUUACAGCAUUUUAUGGGGUGGAAUAACCGAAACCAGGUGUUUGUUUGACUAAAUACUGGGAACAGAAGUCAGCUACCAGCUUGGGUUGAAAUAAAGUUAACCGUGAUUUAGCCUUGACCUCUGAUGUUCAUAUGGUGCUCCAUUGUUUAAGCUUGUUAUGUUUCUCCUCUACAGUAAAUCUUGUCUUUAACACAUGGGCUUUGCACGUGUUUUACCACUUCCUACCAGCUUUUGCACAUUUUUUUUAAUGUCCCAUGUAAGAGAUGCACGAUGUGUAUGCGUGACUUUCUUGUUCCUGCUCAAAGUUGCAGCAUUAUCACUCAGUUUAUUUAGCAGUUGAAGCGAAACGAGGCAACACAAUUCAGUUCUUCCUCAUUUAGAAAGACCGUCUCCUGCUUCCCACCUGGUAUUUCUGGUAUCUCCUGGUAAACCUCACUGUGAGUUUGUAUAUUUUAUGGUUGUACAAAGCACAAGCAAGCACGGACAAAUUCUCAGCUUUUCAAAGUUGUUGCCGGUGAUAAUGACAGCUUCCCUGUAAUAAAGAGUUCAGAUAAAUCA